UUCAGUCAGAUGUUUAGAACAGAAUAGACGUGAAUAUAUUGCUCCGGUUCAUAGUGUGAAUAAAACGGCAUAAACGCGGUGUUGAAUUCCAAAAAUCAAAUUAAGUGAAUAGAAUAACGACACCCAAUAUAUCCAGGUAUGAUGAACACUAGAAAUAAACAAGAAAUAACGGCUAUAGUCACAGAUUCCAUCAAUGAAUUCUUGCUCAACAAAGAAUUCAUUAGUCAACUAACAAAUAAGAUAGCUGAAAGAAUAGAAGAAAAACUAAGGAACCUUGAAGAAGAGGUAAAAACUCAGAAAGAAAUCAUUAACAAAUUAGAGCAAAAAGUAGAUAUCUUUCAACAAGAAAUUGAUAAUAUUCAUCAGAGAGCGAAAGUAAAUAAUAUCUGUGUAUACGGGGUGGCUGAGGAACCUAAUGAAGAUCUGCUGAAAAAGAUACUGGAAAUAAUUAACACCAAAACAAAUAUGGAAUUAGAUAAUAACGACGUACAAUAUGCAUACAGAGUUGGAGUACAUCAUGAAAAUCAAAACAAACCCAGACCAUCAAUAAUAAGAUUAUCAAAACAACAGCUAAAGUCUGAAAUAUUCAAACGUGGAGCAACAUUCAGAGGCACAAAAAUAUAUUUCAACGAAGACCUAACAAAGUACAGAAGACUGUUGUUAAUGGAAGCGAAAUCUGCUUAUGGAGUGAAAAAUGCAUGGUCAUUCAAUGGACAAAUAUAUGCCGCGAUACACGGAAAGAAAACCAAGAUCACCUGCAAGAAAGACUUAUCAAAACAUAUUAAUAAUAGUUCUCUCUCAUGAAUUC